UAUUAAGAAGCAAAAUAGUGCAUGGGACAAUGUGUAAUAUGAAAAUAUGAUUGCAUAUAUUUGGAAAGAAUUUUUUCUUUUGCGCCAAAGUGUGAAAUAAUCUUUUUUUUUUUUUUUUUUUUUUAUCUUUCUCACUUGAAAAUUUUACACUAUUUAUUUAGAGACAAUAUUCUUAAGUUUUUUAAUUUAUUUAUAAAAAAAAGUCAAUCCAAGACAACAUUAUCAUGUCAAACAAAUCCUUGUUUUCGAAAAGCUGGGGAAAAAACUUAAAAAGUUUUCACGUGUUUGUCUGAACGCAACACAACACUCUAUAAACAAACCAAACAGAAGCUAAUCACGAGUGAUACAUUAUUUGUGCAAUAUAUCUUCACAACUCUAGAAUCUACAUAGCUAAACCAAAAAAUGGAUACUUUUAGCGAAGAAUACCAACUAUAUUGGGACAUCAACAAAUAUAUCCAGAAUGACGAACUUGCAAGUUGGGAACUUGAUGAUGAUAUAUCAAUCUGUAACACCAACCACUUGAACUUGGCUAAUGGUGGUGCUGAAAAAUCGAUGACAUGCGACGACAAUUCGAACAUUGCCGCCGAAAGAUGUCGCCGGAAGAAGCUCAACGACCGCCUUCUGGCUCUUCGAGCUGUUGUUCCCAACAUUACCAAGAUGGAUAAAGCAUCAACAAUCAAGGAUGCUAUCAGCUAUAUACACGAACUGCAAGAGCAAGAGCGAAGAAUCAAGGAAGAUAUAGCAAACUUCGAUCGAAGGAGAUGCAACAAUAAUGGAGAUAAUAAUUCAACGAGCUCUACAAUUGAUUUUGAGCAAGAAUUCUCUUUCUUAUCAAACAAAAAUAGUACUGAUCAUGACAGACAACAGUAUGAUUUCAAUAACUGCUGCAGAUCAUCUAUUAUUGAUGACUUAAAAAUAACAGUGUCUUAUGUAGGAGGGAGGAUUGUAAUCGUUAGCUUAAGCUGCGUUAAUAAGAAAGGGAUAUUGGUAAAGUUGUGUGAAAUGUUAGAAUCUUUGAAGCUCAAGGUCACUACAGCUCAUAUCACUGUCGUAGGCCCGAAAAUUUUGAAGACCGUUUAUGUUGAGGCGGAUGAACAGGAAAAGGAUCACUUAAGGAAAAAGAUUGAAAUGGCAAUAUCAUCUUUACGAAUGUAGAUGUGCAUGAUGCUUAUACAAUCUCUCGUCACUCUCGCUUCUCACUUUGCAUCUUAUUUGGGAGGUAAAAACCUAUGUCAUACACCCAGAUUCACCGUACACUCAUUCCUUUUGUUCAUUUGGAGCUCUACAAAUAACAAAUAAGCCAACAACUAAUCUUAACUACGUCACAAUUGGGUGUAUGAUAAAAAUUGCAGGAUAAGUUUGUAUGCAAAAUCUUGGAGUAAUCACUGGAUUUUGGCCUCUAUUUGAUAGUGGUUGCUUAUUACUCAUUUAUCAUCGAUGAGCAAUGAUGAAAUAAACUUUCAGCUUUCAGGAAGUUUUGGACUGAAAGUGGAUUAUAUUUUUCAAUCGUCAAUUACUCCCCCAUCUGAAAAUAGUUUGAACACUUUCCUUUUAUGAUUGUCCCCAAAUUAGUUUAAAUACUUUCAUGUUUGACAUAAUCCCACUAUUAAUAUUUUAU